UUUUUUCCUCUCCAGUAAUGCAUUAAAAUAUUACAUUGAUAAUAGCAUAUGGGCAAACCGUGUAAGUUUUAAUUGCUACUUUCAUGCUCGAAUAAUUUUAAGUAAGACCAUGUCGAACGGAAUUAUCCAAUUACUCUCGGUGUCAAUAUCAUGAUAAAACCACCCACUGGCCUGUCGAUUGUUACCCAUAUAUAUACGGCUAAAUGGAAACUUCCGAGCAGAACAGAUACAGCAAAACUUCCAAAAUAACCUUUUCAACUAUGAGGACCUCAAUUGCACUAUUAAUCCUUAGCGCGUUGAUCCUUGCGUCGGCAGCGGAAAUCGGAACAGCCCAUCCGAAGGAAAAACGAGCCGCUAGUGACCAGGCAAAUGCAGUCGUGGAGAAAAUCAUAGAGAAAGGUAUGGUCUUUGCCGGUACGGUUGUGGAAAAGUUGAAAAAUAGUGAAGUGGCUCGGAAAAUGCUCGGAAAAGUGUUGGGAGGAAUGGGCGAUCAGCGAGGAAAGCGCUCGAUUCAGAUCGAUGCCGCGGUCACAAACUACAAUACGGCCCACUUCCAGAAGCUUGAGCUACAUAAAACCCUCACUAAUGAUGCCAGUAAAAAUAGCCGCACAACCUGUCCAAUCGGUCAGAACGAGAUGAACUUUAUUGAAACCGUUUUCAUUGCUGUGCAGCAUGCUCUAGGUGAGGUUAAUAAGGUUAUCAACGGACAAAAGGUAGCUUUUCACGUUCCGAAGCCAACAUUUAUUGCUACGUAAAUGAAAUAUUAUACAUAAGCGAAUCCUUUAUGAACAAAUAAAAUCGCUCUAUUCUGCUACAUAUCUCUGGCAUAAUCUGGCUUAAGUUUCUAUAAUUAUGGCCGAGUAUUUAGAUACAGGCAAAUUAAUAAAUCUAGAAAUAAAAGAAUAAUUGAACAUAUAAAUCAAUUUAAAAAUUAGUUGAAUAAUAUCAAAUCUAACAAAGUCAAGUUUCGAUUGAAUAAUUAAAUAAUCAGUUUAGUAAAAAAGAAGAAGUAAGUUGUACCAUAUAAAUAAUACAAAAUAAUCUCAUAAAAUAUGAAACAACCAAUAGGAAAAUGUUAUCAUUCAGAUACUAUUAAAACACUUCCCUUGCAAGUAGUACUUUGCCAAUUGUAGUCGAAUAUACAUAUUCAUGCAUACAGCAAUAUCUUCUGUGAAACUUAUUAUCCCACAGAGUUAACAAAGUAUUUCAUCACUCAGCUAAUCGAUCACAACAGAUAAAAUGUUUUCCCAUGAGAUGCUCAUUACAUUUAUUCCUUCGGGAAACAUUUUUCCCAAGCAGCCAAACAGUUAGCUUUUCCAACAAGGGCUAGGGUUGUCACGCGUUACGGUGACGAUUCAAAAAAAAAUCAGGCACAAAAAAAUUGCUGAUUUGAUUUUCCUAACCGUCAUCGGAUAUUUUAUACGAGACAUAAAAAGUGGAAGGUUUUGCGCAUCAUACACCCUUGAAAUAUGUGUAAUCGAAUCCGAUUUAAAGUAUCGUUAACGUAGCCAUGAGUCAUUCUUCAACAAUCGUGUAAAGGCUAAUUAUGCGCAAUGGGAAUUAUAUGAUACGAGAUCGAAAAUGUACUCACCAUCCAUCGAACAUAUUUUAUAAAAGCGUAACGAGGAAAGCAACCAAACGGCGAUUUAACCUACUCUUGACAUUAGUAAUGACGUGUAGUAGUCUACGUCACAUGAUUCGAUUUUUUCCAUAAAAAAUAUAUUUUUUAUCUAAUGCAAUCUGCAGGAAAAGGACAAAUUUGCUAAUAAUAAAAACAUGAGGUCAUUUUAUUGUUUAAAAAUAAUUAAAACAUAUAAACUUUGAUAUAGACUGUUCUGGCAAGGGAACUAUAACUUGGCCCACUAAGCACACCAAUAUCUAGCCGGAAGCGUGUUGCCCCCGAUUGUCGGUUGUAGAGAGGGUUGCAAAGUAAUGCUAUCUGCAGGAAAACGGCAACAUAUGUAGGUUCAAAAAAGCUGGAUGGUGGAUGGUGGAUCAAAAAAGC